GCCGAAAACAGAGUUUGGGAGUGGGGGAAUAUUAGAGGUUAGUUUGGAAGGCUCAGAGGGCUGACAGGUCGAGCUAAUGACACAUGGAGACCACGAGGAGAUGCUGGCCAGCAGGAGUGACUCCGAGGACUCCAGGGAGGACAAAAGUGCCAUCAGGUGCAUCUUCUUCUCGGAGUUUCAUCACAUAGCUGGACCCAAAAUUACCUGUCAGGUACCUGAUAACUACGUGUCCAAAGACAUCUUUGACAAUGUCUCGGUGUAUAUAAUUCCGAAAGCACAACUGCAGAGGAGUACAAUCACAGUGACUCUGAGAGAUUGUAAAAUCCUGGGCUUUCCCGUGAAAAUAGACCACAAAAAAUACGCGAGGAAUGCAUUUUACUUCAACCUCUGUUUCGUAUGUGACGCAGAAGCAAGAACUGUUCACUACGAACCGGUAGUGAAAAAAAUGUCUGAUUUUCUGAUGGCCCUAGAAGUGGAGAAUUGUUUUCUGUCGUCGGUCUCAGAGGAUAAAUGCCGCCUUUCCGAGAUGCUUCGACAAGUGAUGAACGACCUGAACACUCACAAAAUGUGUAUAUUAACCGAAGGAACGAUGACAACACACCUGAAAGUCGUACGAUUGGCAGCCGAGCCAAAGCCAGUGCUGGAUCACCAAGUGCCAAUAUUUAUGGAAGGCAAGGAGGCAUAUUGCAGUGAUCAGUGGGAUUUGACGACUCAGCAGGUGCUUCCCUACAUCGAUGGCUUCAAUCAUGUCGCAAGAAUCGCCGCCGAAGCAGACGUUGAGAAUAAUCUAGUCAAGAGUUGUGUUCAAAAUUUAGUGUACUACGGUGUUGUCACUCUUAUUCCCAUUUUUCAAUACAGCAAUGUUUAUGCUACAACUCCUAAGUUGAAGAAACUGGCUGAUGACUAUGAUCUGCAGCAGAGAUGUAUCAAUUAUGCCUCGAAAUCACCACGACAAUUAGCUUAUUUGAGAGAUAUCUAUCGAAUGUAUGCCAGUAUGACACAUGGAACAAGCAUGAGAGACUUGUGUCAGCGUCUCAAUCCCCAGAAUUUAAGAAUCAACGAGCGGAGACUAGUUCAAUUCGGACUGAUCGAGGCCCUCAUUCGUCGUGUGUAUAGAUACCCGAUAUACAUAAAAGGAAAUUGCGGAGAAAUGGAAGAGGAUGAAGACUGUCGAUCAGAUUCAAUCUACAAGUACUUUACUGGUUCCUACAGCCUCGAUGAAAUUUGCUGCACAACUGGUCAGUCAGCAGCUCAAAUCGAGGAGACUGUGGAGAAGGACUCAAACAUCGUAAUAUUGUGGAAAUAAUUAAUUUCCAAUUAAACUAUAAAUAUAAAGUACAAAUUCAGUAGCGAAAUGGUAAAACGAGAUAAGUUGACUUAUCUCUGAGCCGAGUUUUCGAAGAAUAUCUCCGAAUCUAAGAGAGAUAAAAAAAUUUUUGAUAUGAUAUUUGUUGUAGCUCUCAAAUGGCCCCACAAAAAAGGUUCAAACAAAAAUUUUGUUAUCUCUCCUAGAUCUUGAGAUAUUCAUCAAGAACUGGUCAACACUCAGAAGUGACCGAUCUCGGUUUACCACUCCCCCACUAAUUUUAUUCUCAUGAAAUAAAAUUUAUACAAAAUCA